AAUCAAUGAAUAUUAAAUUUCAAAUUUUGUUUUAAGGUUUAUUAUCAUUUUCACUGGUGCUGGGAAAACAACUGAAAAAUAAGAAAUGUCACGACAAAAUAAAGGCUGCUACCUUCUCUUUCUCUUCGCCCUACCUUGUGCUUCAUACAUCACUAGAUUGUCAUGCAAAUAUCACGCCAACUUUACAAUCAUCUCCGAUACGAAGUAUAAUGGGACGGUUCAAGAAACUCAUUCAACCGUUUCCGGCCAGGAUUGUGCUUCAUUGUGCCUAUCACGUGAUACCUGCUCGUACGUCAAUUAUAAUAUCAUUGACAGUACAUGCCAUCUCUUGGAAUUGGAUUCUGGGACGGAACAAAGUGCAAGUGGUUGGAAGUUCUAUUCGACAAAUUAUGGCGUGCAAAACAGAGGUCCAUUUUGUCAAUCAUAUUCACCUUGUCCACUAACUUCUGCCUGCAUCGACACUUGCACACACCCUUGGUAUCAGUGUAUAGAUAACCAGUUCCGAAAAGUGACAGACGCGGGAUACAAUUCUUAUCCAAACACCGGCGGUUAUCCAGCAUCAAAUAUAGCUGACAAUGACUUGGGUACAUUCGGUAAUACUGGUUCUGACCCUAACUCUUGGAUGUCAAUUAAUCUUGGCUUCAGAAGCGGUAUUCGAUUCAUAACUGUGAAAAUCUAUAGUCAUGCAAAUAACUACAAGUUAGACAUAGGAUAUAUCGACAGUAGAUAUGGAAAUAAAUUUUGUGCAGAUGUUCCAAGCAUUAUUUAUAAAGAAAUUAAGGUGGAAUGCAGCAGAUAUUUGAUUGGACAGUUUAUUGUACUUUAUCAUACAUCAGGUACCUACCUUCCUUUGUAUAUUUACGAAUUAAGUGCUUACAUCGACGUUUGAAUGAAUUCAUCUUGUUUUUGAAUAGAUGGGUUGCGGCGUGACGUUUUGAUUAUGUAAAAGAACAAUAGACAUGCGCACGCAUAUGCGCAGGUUAAAAAUAUAAACAACAGACCGCAAUGAUCUAAGACAAGAUCUGCGUUUAAGAAAUGAAUAUAAUAGUUGACAAAAAAAACCAAUUCCAAUGUAUUUUUAAUUUUGUAUUCUUGAAAAUCUAUAAAUCAAUCGGCAAUUUGACCCAUGUGUUCCUUUCUUCUCUCGCCUUUCAAGAUGCGCGCGCAUGUACGUGACUCUGUAAACACUGGUAACUCAUCUAUAAGCAAUGACCGACGCGUAGAUUAAGUUAGGCAUUAAAGUUAUAAAGACGAAAUUCCACUUCAUCGUGCGUCCGAGAGGCACAAUGUCCCCUGGAAACAGAAAUACGCGCUCAAAUUCAAAAUAGCGGCGAUUCAGCAAACUCAUGGUUAAAUUACGUUAUGAUACACAGUGCCGUAACCGCCGGGGGGGGGGGGGGCACUGUUCUACUCAUGGUCAAGAUCACUGAAUGUUUUAAGGGGGUGGCAGCACAUUUUAAAAAGUCCAAAUGCGAUGUAAAUUUUCUAAAAAGUGGCAGCACUCUUAAAAUUUUUAGUGUUCUUAUCAUUUUUUAUAUUAUUGUAGUCGUGUAAUGUAACUAUGUAUCUCUUUCUAUCUUUUGGUGUCUGAUUGAAAUUUUUAUCUAAAUUUUUAUGCCAAUUAAACAAUGCAGCUUUUGUAAAUUACAAAAAUAUCGAAACAUUCUUUUUAACAUUCAACCAUGAGAUCGUUGACGUCUGGUAGUGAUUUUCCGCCAAUCCAGAGAUGUAAAUUUUACAAAUUUCCCUAACGGCGCUCACCAUGGGGGGCGUCUAGGGUAGCCACUAUAUAAAGCGAAA